AGAACUGUUGAUCCAGAGGGAGAGAGAGGGAGGGAAGAGAGCUUGAAAGGGAAAUGGAGGGUUCUUUCCAUUCCAUCUCUCCUCGAUUCUUCUUCUCCUCCUUCCAAGAAUCCCAAAUCCACGACAGAUAAACCGGAUUAAAACUUCAAAUCGAGAAAGAUUUGAUGGAUUGAAGCUUAAGUAGGUCAUUUUGGGCAUUUCUUUAAAACGAGGUUGGCUUCAAGGAACUAUUCCUGUGGUGGGGAACCUGACUAGCUUCUAUGGUUGUGUUUGUGGCUGAGGGUAUCCUUACCAUGGUUCUUGCUCUACAAAUCUAGUCAGGCUCUUUUUGCCAUCACCAUGUGGAGUUUUGCUUCCAAUGCUAUAGCUGGAAGCAUAGGCCCAAAGAACAACUCUGCAAAGCCAAAUCAAGCUUGUUCUGAAUGCUCAGAUGAUGAUGUUUCGUCAAGCACUAGCAGAGAAGAAGGCCUGGAAUGCCCGAUAUGUAUGGAAUCCUUCAAUAUUGUUGAGAAUGUACCCUACGUGUUAUGGUGCGGUCACACCCUCUGCAAGAACUGUGUCCUGGGACUCCAAUGGGCCAUUGUGAAAUUCCCCUCUCCGAUCCAGCUACCACUCUUCAUCUCUUGCCCAUGGUGUCACUUAUUAUCAUUUCGGCUGGUGUACAAAGGGCAUCUUAUGUUUCCACGAAAGAACUUUUUCCUACUCUGGAUGGUUGAGAGCAUGAAUGGCGACAGGGUGAAGUCUGAUUCUGCUUUUUGUGGAGACCAUCAAGGGGGUUGGUCUUCAAGCAAUGGGCCAUCCAUCAGGAAUCAAGCUAGUGACAGUAACUUCAGAAGGGCUUCAUAUGAGCAUCCCGAGCGGUCGGGGGACCCGAAUCAUGCUAGCCUUGUUGCAGAUUACUUUAAUGUAGGAAGGCUCCACGAUUCUCUGCGUAAGUCGCUGGUUUUCUUUGUUAACUUGACAACGAAGUUCCCUUUGGUCAUCAUAUUCCUCCUGAUCGUCUUGUAUGCAAUACCUGCCAGUGCUGCCAUCAUGGCUCUGUACAUCCUUGUUACUGUUCUGUUUGCCUUGCCAUCCUUUCUGAUGCUGUACUUUGCGUACCCUAGUCUGGACUGGCUGGUGAGAGAAAUCAUCACUUGAAAUGCCCCCUGUGAAUAGAAAAGUUGGCUACUCCAAUUCCCCUCAACCCAUUGAUUCUCUUCAUUUCUCUAUCAGCAAAGGUGUAAUUCGACGAAAUCCCCAAUUUCGAGGCUAAUCCCACUGUUCUGUGGGCAGCUGAAAAUUCUUAAUUUUGCUGGCAUUUGCAUCUUAUCAUUGCCCUCUGUGCUGAUAAUCAGCUCAGGUAUGGUGGAAUUUGGCUUCUACGUUGAUGGUGAUGAAGGAUCUAAGAGUCAGUGAAUCCUACAAGUUCGUUAUCGAGAUUGGCUGUUGUGGUUGCAGCAAGGUCCGAAGGGUUGAGUCUUAUAUUGCUUUACCAAGUGGUUUACUGUGCAUAAGCAAAGUGCUUGCUUCUGAGUAUCUUAGUCUGUCAUUUCUAGUAAGGCUUUCAUGGAUUUAUGAUUUUAAUCUUUAGCAAGUGGGUAUAUAUGUUCUUUUUUC